CUUACCUCUCUCACUCUCUCUCUAUCUAUUAUUGUAUUUUUCUCCUUCUAGAAGAAACUCUCUGCACUCUCCUUCUUCUUUUGUUUGUGUUUAGUUAUUAUGGUGACUUCGGAGGGGCUAGCAUUAGAAAGCCUCGAACCUUGGUUGUUGCAUCGUCAAGGAUUCAACGUGGAUUCUUGGUUGCUUCACGAUGCCUUCUCUCACGAUAGCGAUGUGCUCGCCAAAGCUCUCCAUAACACCGUCUCACCACCAACACCACAUACUCAAACUCUCUCUCCCUCCUCUGUUUUCUUCCAUUCCCCUCACCCUUCCUCAACUCACACCCUUUCCUCUAACAUCUCCGGUGGAUCCAAUCAAGAAGUCGUCGGCGGCGGAGGAACUAAAAGGAAGCGUGACUGCAUCCUCACCGGCUCAUCAGAAGGUAAAGCCACGAAGCAGCGCCGCUCUCGCGCUUCCAAGAAACCUCAGACCACGUUCAUAACCACGGAUCCGUCCAACUUCCGCCAGAUGGUUCAGCAAGUGACCGGCGCCAAGUACACCAACGACGAUACUUCCUCGAUGCCUUUCAAGCCGGAGCCGCAUAGACUCGUUGACACGAGACUUUCUAGCGUGAGAUCCACCACGGCGGUUCCAACGCUAGAUACAUCAGCAUUUUUAUCUGACCAUCACCAUGAGAAUCUCCUUGCCGGAAGUACCUUUUCCGGUAGCGACGACGCCUCCCUAGGAUUACUGUCGGAGAAAGCUAAUGCAAAGAGUGGUGGUUCAGAAGCGGAGUUUGAUCCUUACCCAACGUUUCCAACGCUCGAGUCGUGGAAAGUUAUGUGAACUCCUUUUAGAUCUUUAUUUUAACUACUGUGCAUCUCAUUAUGAAUUAUCUUGUUCAUAGAUUUUGGUUCUUAAUCCGAUAUGUAGCUAAGCUCUCGAGCCAGAGUGAUUUAAAUUUGAAUAAGGUAAAAAACAAAAUUUUGAGA